AACAACUGUUUUGAUUCAUUUGUAAUAUAUAUGUAUUGUUAAAUUGAAUCCUUUUAUACUUACCAGUAGCCUGAAAGAGUUGUGGUUUUAAUAAAUGAGUAUACAAACAGUUUGAAGCAUAAGUUUUUGCAGGUUUUAAGUAAAGAUGCUGCUGAAGAAGCUACUUCUUACGGUGUCAAUCAUCUUGAAUAUCGUAUUCACCAUCCAUAUUCUUUAUAAUAAUUCAACCAAAUGGAAUCCAACGUGGACCAAUUAAGCUGCGGUUGAAGCUGAAACUGCAGCCUCUGUUUCAUGCUCAGGACAUGGCAGAGCUUACGUGGAUGGUCUUGGUGUCCUUGAUGGCCAGAAACCUCCUUGUGAGUGCAACAAUUGCUACACAGGCAAAGAUUGCUCCGUUCUUCUCAAAGAUUGCCCUGUCGAUGCUAACUCAGGAGACCCUUUGUUCUUGGAGCCUUUCUGGAUGCGAGAAGCCGAGAGCAGUGCAGUUUUGGUCUCGGGAUGGCAUAGGAUGAGAUAUAAUUAUCAAGAUGGGACACAUGUGUCUCGAGAGCUCGGAAAGGUCAUUAGAAAACUGCAUAGUGUAUUGGGAAACGCUGUUACAGAUGACAAAUUCGUAAUCUUUGGAUGUGGAUCCACACAAUUACUUGCAGCAGCUGUCCAUGCCUUGUCUUUGACAAACUCAUCAGUAUCAUCACCUGCAAGGCUUCUGACUUCUAUUCCAUACUACUCUAUGUACAAGGCCCAAGCAGAGUUCUUUGAUUCAGCACAUCUCAAGUUUGAAGGAGAUGCGUCUGCGUGGAAGCAGAGCGAGCACAAUGAUAAUAUCACGCAAGUUAUAGAGGUAGUGACAUCUCCGAAUAAUCCAGAUGGGGAGCUGAAAAGAGCGGUUCUUGAUGGUCCUAAUGUAAAAACAGUUCAUGAUUAUGCUUAUUACUGGCCUUAUUUCUCACCUAUUACACAUCCAGUUGAUGGAGAUUUGAGCCUGUUUAGUCUCUCCAAGACUACAGGUCAUGCUGGCUCAAGAUUCGGGUGGGGAUUGGUAAAGGACAAAGCUGUUUACGAAAGAAUGAAAAGAUAUAUAAGUUUAACUAGUAUGGGUGUUUCAAGAGAUACACAGCUUCAUGUCCUGAAGUUGCUCAAAGUAAUAGUUGGCGAUGGAGGCGAUGAGAUAUUCCAUUUUGGCUAUGGAACUUUGAAGAAAAGAUGGGAGACACUGAACAAGAUAUUCUCCAUGUCCACGCGUUUUUCGCUCCAGACAAUCAAACCUGAGUAUUGCAACUAUUUCAAGAAAGUCAGAGACUUUACUCCUUGUAAUGCAAGAAAGUGAGACUUUUGGUUUGGUACUAUAUAAAACUUAUAAUCAUGUGCAGUUGAUGUCCAAAUCGGUCCAAUUAGAGUAUUUUAGUUCGGUGUUUA